AUGGCUCGAUUUUGGAAUUUUUGUUGGACUGUUGGACCUCUUGUGGUUGAAGUCUAUGGAGGUUCAAAUGAUGCGGAAUUUGGCUCGAUUUUGGAUUUCUUUUUGACCUCUUAUGGGUUGAAGUCUAUGGAGGUUCAGAUGCGGCGGAGAAACGUCCGUCGGCGGCAAAGCUGCAGCGCAAAGGGGAAGCACAGCUUAGCUCAGAGAGAGCAAUCUAGUCUAUCGACAAUGGCUCGUGGCUUGAAGAAACACUUGAAGAGGCUCAAUGCACCCAAGCAUUGGAUGCUUGACAAGCUUGGUGGCGCUUUUGCACCUAAGCCAUCAUCUGGACCUCACAAAUCCAGAGAAAGCUUUCCCCUGCUUCUUAUUCUCAGGAACAGGCUGAAGUAUGCCCUCACAUACCGUGAGGUCAUUGCUAUAUUAAUGCAACGUCAUGUUCUUGUUGAUGGGAAAGUUAGGACUGACAAAACCUAUCCGUCUGGCUUUAUGGAUGUUAUAUCCAUCCCCAAGACUGGCGAAAACUUCCGCCUGUUGUAUGAUACAAAAGGCCGUUUCCGUCUUCACUCUCUUCGGGAUGAGGAAGCAAAGUUCAAGUUGUGCAAGGUCAGGUCUGUCCAGUUUGGACAGAAAGGCAUCCCUUACCUGAAUACUUAUGAUGGCCGUACUAUUCGUUACCCAGAUCCCCUCAUCAAAGCUAAUGACACCAUCAAACUUGAUUUGGAGACCAAUAAAAUCACCGACUUCAUCAAGUUCGAUGUUGGCAAUGUUGUCAUGGUUACUGGAGGAAGAAACAGAGGCCGGGUUGGUGUGAUCAAGAACAGAGAGAAGCAUAAGGGCAGCUUUGAGACCAUCCAUGUCCAAGAUGCCACCGGUCAUGAAUUUGCUACUCGUCUGGGCAAUGUGUUCACCAUCGGCAAGGGUAGUAAGCCUUGGGUGUCCCUUCCCAAGGGUAAGGGUAUCAAGCUGUCUGUCAUUGAGGAGCAGAAGAAGAGGCUGGCUGCUCAAUCAGCCACUACUGCUUAA